UAAUAAACGAAGAAGAAUUGUGUAAACGUCAGUCUGGUUUGCGGAAAUUUCUUUUUUAUGAAUUGAUUGGAAAAUAAAAGACCGGAAAUUUUCUAUAAGAAAGCUCUUUGCAAUAAAUUUCAAAGCGUUCUUUGAUAGUUUUAAUAUUUAAAAGUAGUGUGUAUUUUUUCGUAAAAAAAAAAAGAUUAUGAACCCUUGUGUUGUAGCCACCCCACGCCCGGAUUUAGAUGGCGACGAACGCUGGAUUUGCAUUCAUCGGCGUUUCAUUUCCGAAUGCCGAGAGAAAGAUCCCGACGUUAUAUUUUUGGGAGAUUGUGUGUUAGAAACUCUGCAGGAUUCGGAAACUUGGAAUCAAUAUUUUGCACCGAUGCAUUGCCUUAACUUUAGCAUUCGCGGCGAUCGAACAGAAAAUGUGCUGUGGCGCGUGGAAAAUGGCGAAUUGGACAAUGUUAAACCGAAGAUUGUUGUAUUGCACGUGGGAACAAAUAAUAUAGAAAAUAGUGCUGAGCAGAUAGCAGAAGGCAUUGUAGAAAUAGUGCAUAGAAUACGAGCGAAGUUGCCAGGAACGUAUAUCGUGUUACCGACCUUACUACCUCGCGGCCAUCUUCCGAACAAGCUGAGAGAAAAAAAUGCCGAGGUGAAUCGAAUUGUAAAGGAGAAAGUGAUUGGUCUCAAUCAGGUGCAAACAGUUUGCAUCGGCAAAGGUCUGUUACAAGCAGACAAUACUAUUAGUCAUCACGAUAUGUUCGACUAUAAAAAUUUGACGAAUAGCGGCGCGAAAAAGGCUUUUGAACCGGUUCACGAUUUACUUUCACAAAUUUUAAAUGAAAACGAACCAGAGAAAGAUCUAACGCCUUCAGAAUAGUUGCGAUAUAGAUGAUCACGAAUACAUCUACAUCAAUCACAACAUCGGUAUCACAAAAACGGAAAAAAGACUACAAAUGCCAGACAAAAAGUUUCCUUGGCAGCUUAAAGCGGCAACUGGUCAUUUUACAAUUGCUCACAUACUAAUGCUAGUUUAUUUACACAUUAAAUAUGUUUGUCUCAUUAACUAAAAUAUAUUUUAUGCAAUAUUAUUUAUUAUACUUAUUAACUAAAUAUGCAUGAAUUCAUAAUCGCAUGUAUAAAUACAUACACACAUCAUGAGUAAAUUUUCCAAAGAGGAUAUACAUAUGUAUGGUGGGCCACGGCCUUGCAUUAAAUAAAUUAUAAUCAUAUCUACUUUUGGUUAUGAACAUG